UUCGCUUGUAAAGGUGUGGCGGAUGUAGCAUUUAUAGUAGAUUCUUCGGGAAGCAUUGGUAGAAGAAAUUGGGUAAAAAUGCUCCAGUUCGUCAAAGACAUGGUGAAAGACUUCAAUGUUGGUCCCCAGAAGACGCAUAUCGCUGUAGUCGCUUACAGUAACAAUGCCAAAGUCGAGUUUAAAUUCAACAGUCUCAAGGAAUCUGAAAUAACAGAGGAACGAUAUUACAGACUCAUCGACAGGAUGGGGUUUCAGAGAGGCUUUACGUUUAUUGACAAAGCACUCAUAUUGACCAACGAAGAAAUAUUUUCCACGGCUUCUGGAAUGAGACCUGGCUUGCCACAGGUUUGAAAAGAAUACUAGUCACGUUUUUGAGACGUUUUUGACCGACAAACGUCCACUGGAAGUGGACUUUUUGUAUUCUGGGGGGUUUGUUUUGCCCAAAGUUUUAGGCAGGUCGCCUCUAGUUGUAGUCAAGACCCUUAGAAAUGCAAAUUUGGUUGCUUGAAGGUAAUUUAAAAUGUAAACAACGUCACUUCCGGUUGACGUGAGUCGCUGAAAAUCGCCUUUGGUAAUCAGCUCCCUAUUAUACCAUAAACUUCUACUUAUUAGCCUUGGGCCCACACACCCCCGUAACGGAGUUUUAGGAGGGCUUAUAAACGGAUGGGCUUAACAUCUCAGAAGGGGUUUAUAACCGGAAUAGAAAAAGCGGUGUAAAACAAGCGAAAGCAGUGCUGAUCAAAACACGUUUUCCAUUUACUGGCGGUAAAGAAAAGAAAAGCUAGAGGGGGCUUGUACUCGAGAGGGGGGGGGGGGCAUAAUCGGGGAUAUUUUUUGUCUACAAACUGAUGGGCCUAUAACUGGCGGAAGGGGGUGGGGGAGCGCUUGUAAGCGGAAGUUUACAGGUACUCAGCUUUUUUUUCUGCUCUCACUGCUGCCAAAUGUCUUGUACUAAUGAGUAUAUAAGGAGAAUUCCCGUUUCAUUCUUGUCGCUGUAUUAUAACGGAUGCUUGUUGGAGUAUAACUCUCGCCUACCUCUCAUUCAAUAUAAGAAUGCUCAAAUUAGUUUGCACCUGCCGGUAUACUUUUGAAUAGGUUGUUAAAACUUUUUUCAUGGACUGAGAAAAAAUGGAAAACAUGUAUCUGUAAACUCAUCAAAAAAGCAAAAGAUCUCUUCGGCACCCUCUUAUUACAAGCUUUUACAAUACUUGAAAAAAGUCUUCCUUGAAUCGAACCCACCAUACUGAUGCGAGGAGGAUAUUUAUUCAUUAUUAUGUUUCAGUUCUUUGGUGCUUGUGUCGCCCAGUGGCCAUUUUCUCUUUUCUUGUAUAUGCUUUUACGUGGCUUUGUGCCGGUGUGUUGUGGCUUAAUGGUCAUGCGCACAGGAGAACAUAGCGCAGCAGCCUGAGUCGGAAAGUGCCUAGCAGGUCGUAAAAGGCGAAUUUUUUCCUAGCUAACUUUCCAUUAUCACCCUCUUUAAUUUGUAGCACCAUAUAAAUUACUCAUUCUCAGCCUAACAGCAUCAAGCUGUCCGCUAUUCCUAGUGUUUUCGAUGAAAUUAGGGGGUGGACAACUAAACCUUAUAAGAGAGACAAACUUCUAGUACCACGUAGUAUUUUUGCAUUUUUGAAUGGCUGGUAAUGGGUCCUUAGCAUUUAAACAAUCACAUUGGACAAAAAUUCUUUUCUGGACAGCAUGAAAGGCUGUGGGGGCAAGAACAAUGUAUAAUUUAAUAUGAAGGUCGAGUUAUCUUUUCUUGCAAGAAAUUCGAUUCUUUUUUCCAAGUUACCGGUUUUACUAGCUCUUUUUCUUUUUACAGAUUGCUAUUGUUAUCACUGACGGCGAACAAACAACCAGCAAAGGACCUUACACUCCACUUUCAAUAGCAUCCAGAGGACUUAAAGACAAAAACGUUAGAGUCUAUGCCCUUGGAAUCGGGAAAAGAAUUAAUCGAGAUCAGUUGAACGAAAUAGCCAGUUCAAAUGUCAACAUCUUCACAGCUACCAGUUUCUCAGGACUUGCCCCCUUAGCGCAGAUUAUUGUCCAAUAUUCAUCAAAUCCAGGUAGGCCUUGACAGAUACAUACCAUUCAUCCUGCAAAAUGACAGUCUACGAAAAAAAAUAACGCGAACUCAUUUGCAGAUGAAAGAUUACGAAAUAGCUUUUAAGUAGGUAUAUCUACAAGUAUGUUCGUAUGGUACCAACUAACUGUAGGUUUUUGAGUAUUAGUGUUGAAUUACUCACAUUGAAGUAGUCUUUUGUCUUGUCCGGUCAAUUCUCCCCGUAGAGAAAGCCGGAAAUACACCUUAUUUUUUGUUUUAGGCGUCUUUGUAAUAUAACGUAUACCGAGUGUUAUCGUCAAAUCUUGACGAGCGGGCGCUAAGCGGGCGGUGUUAUAAUAGACACUGCGCACUUAAGGCCUGCGCCUCAGGAUUCGAAGAGAACGCCCGGGGUUGAUAGAAUGCCCAUCAGCUUCUGAAUCAAAGAAAAGCGUGUUUGCA